AAUUUCAAGUCGCUUAUUAUGGCUCUCUUUAGAUGGGUGUUUCUGAUUUUAGCUCUUUAUUUUCUUAUGCCAACUCCCAUUUCUUCAACUCCUUCAAUAAACCCAGAUAAAUCAGUUAAAAUCCCACUGGAUUUCCUUGACUAUGCGAAGAAACCGGAGAUUAAGGAUUGGAUGGUUGGUAUAAGAAGGAACCUACAUGAAAUCCCAGAACUUGGUUUCCUAGAAUUUGAGACCAGUAAGCUUAUUAGAACCGAGCUUGAUCAGAUGGGUAUCCCUUACAAAUACCCAGUUGCUGUAACUGGUAUUGUUGGCUUUGUUGGCACCGGUAGGCCUCCUUUUGUUGCCAUUAGAGCAGAUAUGGAUGCUUUAGCCAUAGAGGAGGCUGUGGAAUGGGAGCACAAGAGUAAAGUUCCUGGGAAGAUGCAUGCUUGCGGGCAUGAUGCUCAUGUUGCCAUGCUUCUUGGUGCUGCUAAGAUGCUUCAAGAGCGGCGUGAAGAUUUACAGGGAACAGUUGUUCUCAUUUUCCAACCUGCUGAGGAAGGAGGUGGGGGUGCAAAAAAAAUGUUAGAUGCUGGAGCAUUGAAUAAUGUGCAAGCCAUCUUCGGACUUCAUGUUUCAUCUGAAUAUCCUAUUGGUGCUGUAGCCACCAGGGCUGGCCCUAUUACGGCUGCUAGUGGAUUCUUUGAGGUUGUAAUAAAUGGAAAGGGGGGUCAUGCGGCCCUUCCACAGCAUACGGUUGACCCAAUCUUAGCAGCUUCCAAUGUGAUUGUCAGUUUGCAACAUCUAGUUUCACGUGAAGCUGAUCCCUUGGACUCUCAGGUUGUUACUAUUGCAAAAGUUCAAGGGGGCGGUGCUUUUAAUGUCAUUCCGGAUUCUGUUACCAUUGGAGGCACUUUCAGAGCAUUUUCAAAAGAAAGCUUCAGUCAACUUAAACAAAGAAUAGAAGAUGUUGUCACAAGACAAGCUAGUGUACAGAGGUGCAAUGCAUCAGUCACCUUCAAUACAAAUGAGAAUCCCUGUUACCCUGUGACUAUAAACAAUGAAGUCUUGCAUGAAUAUUUCGGAAAAGCUGCAGGGGACAUGUUGGGUGUUCAGAACAUCUUUGAAAUGAAACUGCUAAUGGGAGCAGAGGAUUUUUCAUUCUUUGCAGAGGCAAUUCCAGGAUAUUUCUACUAUCUCGGGUUCAAGAAUGAGACUCAAGGGCAGUUUGAACGGGGGCAUUCACCCUACUACACAUUCAACGAGGAUGCACUUCCAUAUGGUGCAGCGCUACAUGCUUCCUUGGCCACAAGAUACCUCCUGGAAAAUCCUCUCAAACAUACUUCACCAGAAGCAAAUUAUCAUGAUGAACCAAAGAGAAGUCCACACGAUGAAUUCUGAUCAUAUUAACUUUCUCAAUAUGCAAGCAUUUUGAUGAACUUCAUGCACUAAAUUUUUUUUUUUUUU